CCGUCAGUAUCGCUGCCGGCUGCCUCUGCCCAAUCUGAUCUAAAGCUUCUGCAGAUCAUCCUUCUCCAUCUCCGGCCAACACACGACCUCGCCGGAAUAAACCCGUCCUCGUUAACUUCACCCUUAAAACAUCCCUCUUUAAACCAUUCAUCUUGCCCACAAACAAUUUCCUCCUCCACUAAACCGGCACAGAAGACGCAAAUUGUUUCGUUCUCAGGAAAGGGGGAAUGUCCGGCGCCGACCAAACUCAACCCUCCGGCCUUCCUCCACCGGUCAAAAGUCCUAACUCUGAAUGCUGAAGCCUUUAGGAAAGAAUUGUAUUACCAAUCCAGUUGCGAUAGAAAACUGGGAGACAUGGAAGGAGUAGAGAAUAUAACACCAGAGAAGCAGAAUAACUCCAUGGGAUCGAGGAGGCGGUUGUCCUGCACCACCUGCUUUGAUGCACUGUGGUUCUGCUAUUCUCCAGUUCAUCAGAUGCAGCAAUAUUACAGGCUUGGGGUUUUUGAUAACUGUUCUGACAAAUGGACAGCUCUUGUUGACUGUUUAAAUCUAAAGACAAAAAGAACUUCCGAGGUUCAGGAAAUUCUUGAAAGUCGAGAGAAAGCCAAAUCUCACAUCUGGACAUUUCGAACCCCAGAAGAAGCAUCAUCACAUUGGAAAGAACUAUUUGGACAUUUAGAAGAAAUGGAAUGAGAAAUGAUUGCUUCGAACUAUUUGCCUUGGUACUGGAUCCUCCCUCGAAUUGCUUCGAACUAAAUGGCCUUUUCUCGCACGGCUGCCCUCCUCAUGAGUUAUAUUCUGUAAGACUAGUUUUGGUAAUAAAAAUUAUUAUUAUUAUAUAUUUUUUUAAUUCAUUUUGGUAGAUAAAUUAUGUUAUGAAUCAUGUAUGAAUCAUUUUGGUAGAUAAAUUUUGAGAACUCAAUGUUAGAUUUGCUUGAGUUUUCAAAAUAAUUAUUUGUAGCAGAACAUUGAUUUAAAUAAGCUUGUGGUUCAUGAUGUUUGCAUUGAGAAGUAGUUUCCCAAA